UGUGGUGUCUCGGAUUCUCUUACAAUAUGUUCAAAUUCCAACAUAUAUGUUUUGUGAUUUUAGGUUUAACUGGAAUAACCCAUCAAAUAUCAUCUAAAGUUGACUUCGGAGAAGAAGAAUCGACGGCUAUUUUGAAAAAUCCACAAAAUGAUGAAGAUGUAGAAGUACAACAUACUAUUGUUGUUUCGACGAAACUUAAAAAUAAUAACAGAAGAGGAGUACAUUCAAAUGAUGACGCAGGUGUACUCACAUACAAAUUUGGUAAUAAAAAUGCUAAUGACGAAGACAAUGAUGAGGUUCCCAUAGUUAAAGCAUUUAAAUCAGUUGAAACAACACAGAUAAGAACGCCUGAUACUCGAUUCAAGUCCACAACCUACAGUCACCCAGGGUUUGUACAGAAUAGAAAUUCACGGGAUGAAUUGGAUUUAUAUCCCAACUUAGCGGCAAACCCUAUGCAAUGGAAACCUUCAUCCUUCUUCAGUAACAUUAAUUGGUGGAAUCAAGAUAAUGCAAACUUUAAUCAAAGGAGGCCUGACUAUCAGAAAUUUCAUAGAAGGGUUAGUGAAGAUGGUGUUAGAGAGUUCUAUUGUAGAAAAUGUAGAGAAAUGAAUGGCCCACGAGAUUGUAAUCAACCAAAAAGUAAUUCUUGGUUGCGUGAAAGUUCAACACAAAAGAUAAAAAUUGACGGAAAAAUAGCUAAAUUAAAUUGAAUAUCUAUAAUUUGUUUUAGUUUAUUAGUAGAAAAAAAUGUUUAUGAUGUUAUGUUAGUAACCUUGGCGUGUUCUAAAGGUUGCAUCGUAGUCAUGAGUAAUGUGAUGUUCACGAUUUAUUAAUAAAUCUACACGAAAUUGGUGAUUGUAUGGAAA